AUGCUCCACGUGACCCUCCCCCGUGCCCUCACCCUCGCCCUCGCCCUCACCCUCGCCCUCGCCCUGGUGGUCCCAGUGGCAGGCACUUCCUCGUUUGUGCUCCCGUCGGAGCGGAUGGGAUGGACCGCGGCGUCAGUCUUUCCUGCGGCCAUUCCUACCAUCUCCAUCGAUCUCGAUCUGGCGCCUGAGGACCGGUGGACGGCAGCCGUGGGGGACAUGCUCAAGAACCAUGGCUUUGAAAACAGCUUCGGUCACAUUGUUCAGUUCUGGAACAAGGCCCUGCCCUCGAUCCUGGGCGAUGCUGUCGAUGACAUUGCCGCAUCGCUGGAGGAUUACGUGCCGGCAGAGUACGCUGCUGAGAUGAAGGGACUCCAUGCUGCUCUUGUUGCCGCCGGUCACGCAGAUGCUAUGCCAUUCUCGCGCCUUGUUGCCCUCAACCUCCUCUACGAGUUCACUACGGCGUGCACCUCGAUCGUCUCGCGCGACGCCGCAGGCGCCACCUGGCACUCGCGCAACCUCGACUGGACCUUUGACGGCUUCUCGCUUGCUAAUCUCACUGUCAUUGCUCAGUUCACCUCGGGUGGAAAGGUACAGUACGAGUCGAUCACCUGGGUCGGCUACGUGGGCGUCCUCACCGGCAUGGCCCACAAUGUUUUUUCGGUCACCAUCGACCAGCGGACCUCGCACUCAUACCUGGAGAUUUUGCGCAACCUCGAGCGCAUGAAGCACGACGGUGCGCAGUCGGUUGUUCUCGCUGCCCGCUCUGCCCUCGCUUCAGCAACUUCGUUUGAUGCCGCCGUCCAUGCCCUCUCCACUGCCCCGCUCGCCGCCGAGGUCUACUUUAUCGUUGGCGGCGCCGACGCCGACCAGGGCUGCGUCAUCACCCGCACGUACACCGGCGUCGAUCACGGGCUCUACUGCAUGCCACACGGGCGGACUGCCCCGUGGUUUGUCCUCGAGACCAACUACGACUACUGGAAGGCCGCGCCUUCCCGCGACGACCGCCGCGCCGUCGCCUCCGCCGCCAUGACGGCUCUUGGCGGGCCGGCCGGCGUCAACGCCACCUCGCUUUGGGGCAUCAUGCAGACUCCGGGCUCCAAGUUCCACACCCGCGGUGUGCUCAACUCGCUCACCCAGUACACCGUCAUCAUGUCGCCCACCACCGGCCACUUUGCCGGCUGGGUCUGGCAGUAG